AUGGCAGAUGUCAGUUCAGUCUGUCUUUCUCCUGCUCAGUGUUUUAGCUGGGCACAGAACAAUGGACGCCUGCUGGCUGCUAGAAGUGGAAAGUCCCCCGCUGAGAGGCGGCAGUUCUGCCAGUGGCCCUGCAAGUGUCCGGAGAGACCUUACUGUGCCCCAGGGGUGAGCUCCAUAAUGGAUGGCUGUGGCUGCUGCAAGAGCUGCGCCAAGCAGAUCGGAGAGUCGUGCAACGAGAGGGACCUCUGUGACCCGCACAAGGGCAUGUACUGCGACUUCUCAGCAGACCAGCCAAGAUACGAGAUCGGCGUGUGUGCAUACAUGAUGGCAGUGGGCUGUGACCUGAAUGGAAUUCACUAUGAGAAUGGUGAAGGCUUCCAGGCCAGCCCCCUCUAUAAGUGCACAUGUAUUGCUGGAGCCAUCGGCUGUACCCCUGCUUUUAUCGAGAAGCCGGCUGCUCUCCUGGGCCCUGCCCCACUGAUGAGCAGCCUGCCAGCUGGCCUUCGCAGCGGUCAGAGCCCGAAGAAGCACCAGCAGGACACCUCCUACAUGUCAGCUUACAGGGAUCCUCCUUUAGCCUGGAGGAGGAACUGUCUGAUCCAAACCACUCCCUGGAGUCCCUGCUCCAAGACCUGUGGCCUGGGCAUCUCUGUCCGUGUCAACAAUGACAACAGCAAAUGUGAAAUGAGGAAGGACCGCCGCUUGUGCCUGCUGCGACCGUGUGAGAAGAGUGUGCUUAGAAGUGUCAAGAUGCCAAAAGGAAAGACAUGCAGACCCAAAUUCCAGGCAAAGAAGGCUGAAAAGCUGACACUCUCAGGCUGUACCAGCACUAAGAAGUUUAAGCCCACAUACUGUGGCGUCUGUACAGACAAACGGUGCUGUGUCCCAAACAAGUCAAAGAUGAUUAAGGUUAACUUCGCCUGCAAAGGAGGUUCCAACACACAGUGGAAGAUGCAGUGGAUCACGUCAUGUGUGUGCCAGAAGAAGUGCAAUGAUCCAGGUGACAUCUUCUCUGAGCUGAGGUUUCUCUAA